CCAGUGCUCAGUCCUCAGGCUCGCGGCCAAUCGGAGGUCCGCAGCCUGCGAGCCGUGGGUCACUCGGGAGGUGCGCAGCGUUAGUGCUGCAGAGCGCUCCGCUGCCGUUUAUGCGCGGCUUCCCAGAGUCCCAAAUCCCCGAUCUCCCUGGCUGUCCAUCAUUCUCCAGCCUGACGUCAUUGGCUUCCUGGUUGGACAGUCCAAAUUUGGGGGAAGCUGCGUGAGAGUCAGUACCAGCCAGUUGGACGUUUCUCUCCGCAUAUUGUUUCUGUAUAGUAAUGUAAAUUUGCAUUUUUAUGCAAACUGUUUACCUUCGAUUUGCGGUGGGAGGAGGUUGCGUUUACUUCCUCAACGCGAGGAAACUGCUGCUUAAUUGGGAAUGUACCAAGGGAUCGGAAUCUUGCUUGUGGCAGCAGUCGUCAUCGAUGCCAUCUGGGUCUCAGUUUGCACAGUGGACGUUGUUGCAGCAAUUAAAUUCACUCACUUAUCCCGUUGCGGACGGUGUCGGUGGCAUUUCGAGUUGAUCGAAGACCCCUUUGUUUGCAAUUCGCGCAGCCUUUUGGAUUAGGAGGCCAGGGAUUCCUCUGGAAAGAUUUUCCCAAGCCUCCUGCUAAACCUGCUCCCUCCGUUUGACUUGUUUGAUUCUGUAGACCCCAUGGAAAAUUGAAUUUCUUUACACACAUCAUUUGGAGCUGGCGGAAACUAAGUUGGAUGGAUGUUGCUGACGUAUAACACUGGGUUCUGACAGUUUCCCUUGUGGUGUCUGUGUGGAGAAGGCCACACGCACUCCAUUACAACGACGGCUUUUGCUUGCGUUUUCCAGUGUUUCUUCUGUCAGAGAGUGCACCAGGCCUGUAACUCUUCGACUGCCAGCCCUGAGCUCAGCAGCGAAGAACACACGUUGGAAAUGGUAAAGAUGACUAAAUCAAAAACCUUCCAGGCUUACCUGCCAAACUGUCACCGGACGUAUAGUUGCAUCCAUUGUCGAGCCCACCUGGCCAAUCACGAUGAACUGAUUUCCAAGUCGUUCCAAGGUAGCCAGGGACGUGCAUACCUGUUCAACUCUGUGGUGAAUGUGGGCUGUGGCCCUGCUGAAGAGAGAGUACUGCUGACUGGAUUGCAUGCUGUAGCGGACAUCUACUGUGAAAACUGCAAAACCACUCUGGGAUGGAAAUAUGAACAUGCCUUUGAGAGCAGUCAGAAAUAUAAAGAAGGAAAAUUCAUUAUUGAAUUGGCCCACAUGAUUAAAGACAAUGGGUGGGAAUGACCAGCGUGGUGCUGACCCCUGCUGCUAUUUUAAGACUGAAUAAGGCUGAUCUAAUGGACAGAAAAUGCUCUGCUAUGGGCCAGCUCUAAUAACAUUUGAUGACUUUUUUAAAAAAAAAACCUUACAGCUGAACCAUUGAUGUCGCCUUCUUGUCAGCCCUUUUUGCUUUUUUUAAUCUCUGUAGGUUUGGUGUUCUCUCCUGUGAAACACUGUUAUCAUCUAUAGAGGAAUUGUCCUUUUCCUGCGCUCUUUGCAGUUUGAGUGAAAGGAGAAUAAUUGAAGUUUUAUUUUUGGGAAGUGUAGCUUUACAGAUGACUGUUCUGAACUUGGCUGUCCUCCCUUCCCUUUCUUUAAACUCCUGUAUCUCUUCUAUUGCUGUGCAUGCUUUUACACGAGACAAUUGGAGGAGCUGAGCAGCGUAGAGAGGGUUGAGGAGGGAGUUAUGUAUGUAUAUACAUAUGUAUAUAUCAUACAUCAUAAAUGUAGCAAUUUUAUUUUUAAAAGCAAGUUGUUUCGGGGCUUGGGGAUAAUGGUCGCAAUGUUGUGGCAUUGAGAUAAUUGAAUCCCACUGAUUGCAAUUGAUUUCUUCUGUUACUUCUAAACUGUGGCUGAUGUCUAGCAGACAAGAAUCUAGUGUUCAGCAGCUGCAGUGUUGGUGGGGGACAGUUGGGUGAGAAAGAGGAACCACUGAAAUUCUUUUGAAAAAGAAAAGACAUGUGGCUGGAUCCAUGUAUUGUCGUACACUAAUGCACUGGACGAAACCAGGCACAAGAAGAGAGGUCUUCUGGAUGUGAUAUCCAUUUUCUAAGUGUAGAGCUGGGCUCCUCGUCUGUGGACCGUUACGACUUUAACUGAACGCAGGAAGUUCCUUUGCACGUGCCUGGGAAAUGGGGAUUCAAAACUAGACCCACAACCAGAACUUUGUUUUUGUUUCUUUUUAAAAUAAUUAGAUAGUUUUACCUUAUCGCAUUCUCUUGUUCUGAUCCUUGCCACCUAGAUUUAUUUUUUGGCAGAUGGCCGUUCCCUGUUGGAGUGUGGAUAGCUUUUUUUUGGGUGCAAUGGUUUGCUGGUUAAAUCAUUUUCUUUUGUCGUGUGGGCUCACUACAUGCAACGGUGCACUCUGCUGCUAAAAGUCUCUUGUGCAGUGUUAACAGGAAGGUCUAUUUAAAAAAAAAUCUGCUUUUGUGUGAUUCUCUUUUUUUUUUCUUUCCCCCUUUUUUCAUUUUUAAAGAAGGUGUUGUCACAAUUGAGAUUUCUCUCAUUUCCUAUCAAAUAAAUAGUGUUCUUAUCACUGCUUUAAAUGUAACUUUUUUUUUGCCUGCACUCUUGCUGUCAGAAUUCUCUUUCCCUGUUGCGGUGCAAUGAUUUUGGAAUUCUUUGGGGGGGGGAAGGGUCCUGGUCACAUGAGCACCGCUGAACGGGGGGAAUACAGGGCCAGUCUGGUUACUGAGCCAAUUUCCAGCAGGGUCACACUACAGAAAUUAUAUACUUGAAGCAGACUACAGAUUGAAAAUCUUGUUAAAACCAGUUUCCCUAUAUAUAUAUAUAAAAAAACAUUUUUUGUACAUUUAGAAGAAAAAAAAGCAUAUUUAAGGUUUUAUACAUAUUUUUACUGGGUAAGUUGAUUUUUGCUUCCCCUGCCUGAGCACUUUUGUUCUCUGGAACUUGUCUUUUGUUUCUAUAACCCAUACGGUCUCUUUGUAAGCUGAUUUAAAAGUUGUUUUUCUUAUUUUUGAGAAAUUGUCUCCACUUUUAACUUUUAUUUUUAAUAAAAUUGAUUUUUGGGGGUGGGGUGGUGGCGGUGGAGGCAGCUCUUCCUGGACCAAUCGGGCAGAACCAUGAGCUGGCCAAUCCCAAGUGAAAUCUGUCAGUUUAGCCUUCAGAGACAUGGUAACACUAUUUUUUAAAAAAAAACUUUUUGUAUUUUGCUUUCUUGAAAUCAAAAUGAUAGCUGUCUUGGUUUUUGUUCUCUGUAUAUUUGAACUUUGAGUUUUAUUGAAGCUUUAGGGUUGUUAAUAUAUUAUGUCCAGUAUGUGCGCAGUGCUCUGCAGAGCAAUGAUUGGUAGUGACUGGUGCAAGGGUGAAGCAACCGUCUGAAGUGUGCUUUCUACAAGAAUGGUUGGUGAUAUUACAAGUUCUAAAGCUUGUUCUACAUUUAGAGAUGUAAUGAUUUUUGUGCCUGAAUUCUUUUGUUUAAAUUUGAGAGAUAAAUGUUUGAAUGGUUUCUCCUCCCCCCCCGCCCCCUCCCCUAUAGCUAUUGGGACUAUACAUUGCUUUGCUGAUCUGUCUUGAAACUACAUCAACUUUGUGCAGCAACUCACUGUAUUGUACUGAAGUUAAAAUAAAGACUUUCACCAGGACACAACCUGCCUGUCAGUGAUGGUUGAGAUACGAACAAGGGUGUGAAGCACGCAGAUGGGGGUCUGCGGCAUUAUUGUCAUGGCAGCUCUCCUUCACAGAAACAUGGAGUUGUAAUUGAAGCAUUCCCAACAAUUUCGUUUGCUGAUUUUUGUGAUUGUUCUUGUGUGCCAAGAAUAUACCACUCUGGAGUGAAAAAUAAUUCCUCUAACACUAUUUGGUGAAUUUUCCUGCAUUUGUUUUUCCAGGGGAUGGCACACGGAUGCUGAGCCUGGUGUGUAGAGUUUAAAGGCUGAGUGCAAUUUUUGAACCACACUUUGGAUGGAGCUUCAUCUUCUCUAAAAUAUCCCAAAUGUUUCCCUGUCAAUUGGCCUGAAGUGGAAUUGUUGGCCAUUAACAGGUGGAAUGGUUAGACUUGAAACAUUUACCUAUACUUUCUCCUCCUAGAUCCUGUAUUCAGUCUUUAGAAGUGUAGACCUUGAUUGAUGAAAAGACAUGUUGUCAAAAAAUGUCCACUUAUCAGGACAAUUCAUAAGAAAUAUCAUUUGUAAAGGGAGCGAGUAUACAAUUUGCAAAGACAAUACUGAUUGGUUAGUCAAUGGAUUCUGAUUGGCAGGAGUGUUGCCUCGGAGAAUGCAUGAUAACCAACUAUAUUGUUUCAAACACUUUGGCAGUUUUAAAACCUGACUGGCUGUGCUCAGUCAAGACAUUGCCCUGAGGAAUGCACCGGCAAUGACUGCCUGUUAUAUUGAGAUGAAACAGAUGGAAUCUGUUCAGUCCUUUCUGUCUACAACAUACUGGGCUGUGUGUAUUAAUAUAGUCAGCUUCCAGUAUGCAGACUGAUAAACAAGUACAUACAAUGGUGCCUAUUUUAACAUUCUUUAUGCCUGCGUUCCAGAAGGUGUUUAUGUUAAUACACAUGGCCCCGUUCUAUGCAGACAAACAGAAUGUGUACACAAAUUAUUAUGCUCGUUUAAACUUGGAUGGUUUUUGCCUAUGGUUGGGAUGUUCCUCACAACAAUGUCUUGAUCAAUCGGAGUUAACCUGGUUGACUAACAGUUGCAUUUUAAGCCAUCAAACUCGUGCAUUGUCCCCGGCAAUGUCUUUGCCAAAGUUCACUUGCCAAUCAAUCAGCAUUCUCUUAUGCAGUAUAAAUGUUGCUUUUCCCCCUUGCAUUUUCUGCCAAAUGCAAGGAAUUCCAAAUCUCAAGACACAAACUUUGACUGUCACUGGAAAAGACAUUUUGUUAAUGUUUUCUGUUUUUAGUUGCAAGGAAUCUCGGCUUUAGUUGCAAGGAAUCUUUGCUCUACUCGAUUCAUAUUGACUGUUGAGUAAACCAGGUUACAAUUUUUCAGUUCAGUUUUGCAUUCCUGUUCCAUAUCUGUGUUUUGACUACUUCUGAAGACUGCUUCCACUUCCAUAAAGGUCUCAGUGUGAAUGCAGAGUUAUUCACUGACUACAAGUAGUGAUUAUAGUAUUAAAUAUUCCAAAGCACUUUAGAAGUAAAAUUUUGAUACUUAACAUUAGGACAGGUGACGCACAGCUUGAUUUUUGAGGUAGAUUUACAGAGGGGGGUGUGGGAGAGGAUAUAUUUUAGGAACAAAAUAUAUUGUCAUGAAAUGCAAUCAACAUGAGUAAAUUUAUUAAGCAAUCCCUGGUGCUAAAAUUAAGCAUCUUUCAGAGCACUUGUAUUUUGUGCAAUGAACCACUUGUCACUUGGGCAGAGGCUGUCCAAGAGUCGAUACGUUCACUGAAUGUGAACAUUCAGUUCACAUUGAUACAUCACUACAAGGCACGUAGUGCCUCUAGACACGUACCCUUGACAGGAAAAUUCAUGAAUUUAUCUAGGUGCUGCAGUAUAAAUGGAGUGGACCUCAUUUGAUUUAUAAUUCCAUCUAUAAAUGGAUCAUGGAAACUCAUCUGUCUUUUAGCCCCUUGAUCAUCUGCUUUUUGUUUUUUGGUAAGAUCACAUCUGAUCUGUAAUCUGUGUCCAUUUACUUGCCACUUGGCUCUAAUCUUCACACUUUUUAUCCACUUUCUUGCAGUCAGAUUAAUUAAAUUUAAUGAUCCCAAAACAGACCCUUUAAAUUUGGUUGUGAUCCUAAUAGGUUUUUGUUCAAAGUAUACUAAAUUUAAUUGAACAGGAUAAAGCUACUAGAUUCUAUGCCAUUAAACAAAAAUAACAUUUUACUCUACAGAAUUAGAAAAGGAGAGAAUUGAUCAAUUGUUUUUAAGUCGUGCCAAUUCUGAAUGUUUAAGGAAGGGUCACUGUACCUGACGUUAACUGAUUUCUCUCCACAGGUGCAGCCAGACCGGCUGAGCUUUUCCAGCAAUUUGUUUUUGCUGGCUGUUUGAGUAUGUGAAUUAAUGUAGAAGCUGUGGUCAAACAUGCUACAAGCAGCACGUUAAAUGGUGGAACCAAUAUGCCACAAUUUUGUGAACAACCUAUUCUUCUGUUGGUGAACUCUGCUGUCAUUCUUUGAAACUGUGUGUUUUCUUCACAAGGUAUUUGAGUUGCUUUUCUGAGGUUCUAGCCUCAGCAGCUGUUCCAACUCUCACUGUACCAAUGACUGCUCACCUGAGAUUUGUUCAGCCCUUUGGAAAAUCCUGCAUCCUACUGGAUUUGCAAGGCUACAUGCUAGUGUCUAGCGAUGGGCAAUUUUCUAGCUCUCUAGCUUCAGUUUACUGACCUGCUCUACAUAGGUUUUCCCUGCUAGCUCUAUAGAAGAUGGUUCCCUUUCAACUGCACUGAGAUGAUAAACGCCCCAGGGAAUCCUGAGCUCCAACUGCCCAAUAGCCUGUGGCCAGUGAUCUUCUGCCUUCUUCAGUCCUGGCAGAUGUCUUUGAGCCCCAGCUGUGUGAAACCAGCAAAGAGUAGUAUGGUUGUUGCGUGGAGACUUUUUUUUUUUGCUCGUAAUUUUUGUGAGAAUUUUCUUUUAAGUUGGUCACCUGUCCCCCUUGUACUGAUCUAGUGACCCAUUAAAACAGGGCUCUUGUCCAAUUCUGCCUUGUAGUGAUGUAUCAACCCUUGGAACAUUAAGUCAUGAGUUACGGUCUCAAGACUUUCAGAAUGUAGACCAAAAAUGAAAUUGAUUUCAUCACCAGUUCCAGUUUUCUAUCACUGUCCUCUGCAGGUAGAUAUUCAUUCCUGAUAUGUAUGGUACCAAUAUUUAAGCCAUGUCACUUUUAAUCCUGGAUUUUGCUCAGGAAUUGACAGACUGCAGUGUUAAUUGCUGACAGCCCCUGGCAGAAAGCAAUUGUUGCUACUGGUAGAAGGUUCUUCAAAGACUUUUUGAAUUUGUUUUUGUCAUCAGCUCAUCUUGGUAAGGUUUCCAUCGUUCAAGUCUAGAAGUAGAUUUAUACCAAAGAUGCAGCUAUGCAAAAGUAAUAAGUUCCAAAUCAAAUGGGUAUAGUUUUCAUAACUAGCUGGAGGACCAAUAGAACCUGUGAGCUAUGUUAUUUGACUGAAGCCUUUCUUCUCCCUUGUUACUUGACUGUGUUGUGGAUUACAUGUUAAAUGGAAGCCAAGAUCUCUCUGACAUCUGCCAAAAUAUAUCCCUGAGGCAAUGCCACUGAAAAACAGAUUAUUUAAUCAUGAUUCUGUUCCUGUCUGGGAUCUUGCCAUGUGCAUAAUAUGUGCAGCAUCUCUCAUUGUCACAAAUGUGUUGGAUGUAAGACGUGUGGGACAUUUGGAGAUUUUGGGAAGGUGCUAUAUAAAUGCAAGUUUGUAUUUGUGCCUGGAAGUUGUUUGCUUGAGAGUGCCUCACUAACUAACUAUAGUAUCAACAAUUACUGGACAUACAAGUCAAUAGAUUUUUUUUAUUAUUGAGUUUAACCCAUUUUACAAUCAAUGGUUUAACUGACACUGGAAGUUUAGAACUUUUUAAAUGCCUUACUUGGUUGUUGCUGUGAACUUAAGUUGGAGCUUUAAAGAAAUCAUGUGCCCAAGAAACGAGAUGAGAAUAAAGCCCAAUGACACCAGGCAAAACAGCACCAAAUUAUGAAGUUCUUAUGGGAGAGAGUGCCAGAUUGAAAUGGCUUCUGCCUUGUUCUGCAUUUUUAAUUUUUUUGAUUAAAGGUUUCACCUAAAGAUGAGAAAAUGACCAAAAUGUGGGAAUGGUGAGAUUUGACUCAUGGCUAUGGUGAUUAACCUCCACUGUGUCCAAGCAAUUACACAAGACUGAAACCAAUUUUCGAUUCCUGUUGCUUCAAGUGAACUUGAGUCUCCACGGGUUUGUCAAUGUAAUAUACCAAUGUUCUGAAUGACUGGCAUUCUAAACAGCCUCCUUCAGCUGGCUAAUUGAAAAUUGGCCCUAAAGCUAUGUUUUAAAGUGGUGUAGAAAGGGCUUCUGGCUCUGCAUAGGAUAAGAAGAGAGACUGUUAACUUUUUUUAUACAGGUCUUUCUGAACUUCAGUAUCCCAAAGCACUUCAUAGCUGAAGUUCUUCCUAAAGUGUAGUUGCUGUUGAAUUGCAGGGAAGAUCUUGGCCAAUUUGCAAACAAUAAUGCAAUGGUGAUCAGAUUAAAUCUAUAUUGGUUGAAGGAGGGUUUUUUCUUAUGGUGCAGUGGUAAUGUCCCUACCUCUGAACUGCAGGAUCAGGUUUGGUCCGACCUCCCCCAGAAGCAUGUAAUAACGUCCUGUUAAAACUACCUUUUUAUGUUGUUUGAAGGUUAAGUAUUGGGCUGAAUAGGGGGUGUGGGAGAUGGAAAUAUUCUCUACUCUUAAAAAUUAGUGUCAUGGAUUCUUCAAAGCAGUAGCACAGAUCUUUCUGUCAAGUUUAAAAGAUGUGGGGUGGGGGAGGUGUGGGUGGUCUUGACUUUUACACUUUCUGAAGGAGGUCACUUAAUUUAGUGCUCACAUUUAAAUUGGAGCUCUGACAUGACCGGCGUGCUCACACUGAAAUAAAAACCUACUGGGUCUGGCAGCUUCUGUGGAGAGAGAAACAGUUUAAGACAUUUUUAA